UUGGAAUUAUAAAAACACAAAAUAACAAACGGCCAUGCUAUAUAUUCAAAUUUUGUUAAGUUUUUAAAGUGCCCAAAAUAAAAAUAACACAUUCCUUUUGUUAUUUAUUCUAUUUAUUAAUGUAGGAACAACAAAGCACUGGCAUUGUCGACAGAGUAAUAUUUAGGCGACCCGCUACGACCACCGCACCUUGGAAGAAGAGGCGUCAGAUACUUGAAGCUUUUUAUAUUUUUCUUGUUCGUAUUUAGUUCAUCCGCCUUUAAAUUUUCUAUUUUGGCGAUCUAUAUAUCUAUAUAUCUCUAUUAAACUCUUUUUUGUACGCUAUUGUUUUAUAUAAGGAGUUUUAAUUUUUACAAUUGACUUUGUGUUAUUGUACGCUUAUCUCUCCGUUCUCCUAUUUCGUGACAUUUUAACAAAAAACACAUCCCAUCCGGAUUUAACUAUCGCAUCAACUCAGUUAUUGUACACCUAUCAACGAUGGUCGGGCGCUUAUUAAGGUACGUCUGUAUCUUCGUUGUUGCGGCGUUCGUUGGCGAGGUCGCCGCAAAGUCAGUGUUCCCGAUGCCGCGACUAGAUGCGGUCUGCACUCGCACAGUGGUAAGAAGGGACAUAGUUACACUCGCGCCAGCCGAGCUCGAGCGCUUCAUUCGCACAGUCAAGGAGAUGCACCGCCGCGGGUGGAUGGAUGGGUUCGGCAGCAUGCACAAUCACAUUUCGCAUCAGAUCCACGGCAACGAACACUUCUUUGCGUGGCACCGGCGGUUCCUACGGCACUUUGAGAUGCUCAUGCAGGAGAUUGACCCCGAAGCCAUCCUUCCAUACUGGAACUGGGGUACACACUGGCAGAACCCACUGACAGACCCAGUCCUGUCGAGCGCCUACUUUGGCGGUAACGGACGACCCAGUGACAACUGCGUUGUUGAUGGAGCCGAGGAGCGCUGGGGUCGCAAUUACCCAAAGCGCAACUGCCUGACACGCAAGUACCGGUACGGCACCAGCACUGGUGCGUUUUGGCCGAUGCGCGCGGUGCGCGAUGUGAUGAAUACUGCAGUGACUCAUGCGCAGUUCCGGUCGCGGAUCGAAAACGGACCACAUGGAAUUGUGCACUUGGGUUUGGGCGGCGACUUUGAAACUAUGUGGGCGCCGGUCGAUGUGUUGUUUUUCAUGCACCACGCUAUGCUCGACAAGGUCUGGGCCGAAUGGCAGUCUCGCGACCAGAUUCGCUUCCAUUCAGUCGACGGCUACGACGCGUCGCGUCAGCCUGUUAUGGCCAAAUCGCUCAUGCCGUUCUACGGUGAGGAGGUUGGGACAGCCCUGCUAACCAACGGCCCUGGCUACUGCUACAUCUACGAUGACCUGCCUGCCCCAGUUGCUGUAAAGCCCAGGCGUGCUGCUAGGGUCGCAUUCAACGCUGGACUUAACACUACCUCUGCUGAAUAUUAUCACCCGUCAGCACUACCACUGAUGCCUGCUGUGGCCGCUGGUCAUAUUAUUCCUACUGUUCCUGCCAGGUUUGUCAAACCCGCUGGAAAGGCGCUAUUUGCCAAGGAGGAAUCGCCGGAGAGCGCGUUGAUCGAGGACUUUGCGCCGCCGCCGCCACUAAAUGAGAGCUGGAUGGCGAAAAUGAAUGUGGAUGUCGAGGAGGCUGAGCGUAUGAACCGUUUUGUCAACAAUGUUGUUGCGCAAAUCAACGCUGAGCGCAGGCAGGGCAGCAAUGCUGAUGCUCAGGAUCAAAACUGAACUCCCCCAAGAAAAAACCUGCAUUAAUAGUUUCU